AUGAGCCAUGAGAGAUACCAUACGACCCACAAGAAGCAAAAGGUAAUGACAUCAGAUACAAAUCCCAAGAAAGGAAUAUCAAGCAACACCAGCGCAAGAAGUAUGACCAGAGCCGGGCCAGAGGAAGCUCCAAGGAAGCGGAAGGCGGAAACUGUUGGUGAACUGCCUAAUAAGAAAGCUCGUCCUGCCAAACCCUCGGUCACAAAGCUGAAGCCUAAGGCGAUAAUCAACCAUGCACCAACGACUCGACUAAAUGUCUACGUUUGCGGCGAAGGUAAUUCAGGUGAACUGGGCCUUGGACCUGCUAAGAACGCAGUCGAUGUGAAGCGGCCGCGCUUGAACCCGUACUUGCCAGCGGACAUCGUCGGUGUUGUGCAGAUUGCUGUUGGCGGCAUGCACUGCGUUGCGCUCACAUAUGACAACAAGAUCCUUACGUGGGGUGUCAAUGACCAAGGGGCGCUUGGUAGAGACACUGGUUGGGAUGGGGGGUACAAAGAGAUCAAUGACAACCUCAAGGAGACGGCCUCAGAGUCCGAUGAUGACCUUACCCUCAAUCCAUAUGAAUCAACGCCGACUGCUAUUCCGUGUGAAACUUUUACACACGGCACUGUUUUUGUUGAGGUCGCCGCCAGCGACAGCUCGAGCUUUGCUCUCACAGAUGACGGCCAAGUCUAUGGGUGGGGAACAUUUAGAAGCAAUGAUGGUAUUCUGGGGUUUGAUGCCAAGCAAAAAGUCCAGCUUACACCUAAACUGAUACCUUCCUUGAGAAAGAUUAAGCACCUGACGUGCGGUGAUAACCAUGUCCUGGCAUUGAACGAUAAGGGCGCCGUCUUUUCGUGGGGCUCGGGCCAACAAAAUCAAUUAGGUCGUCGCAUCAUUGAGCGAAAUAGACUAAACGGCCUUCAGCCGCGCGAAUUCGGCCUUCCCAAAAAUAUCAUGCAUAUUGGAUGUGGUGCAUUCCAUUCUUUCGCUGUCCACCAGUCCGGAAAAGUAUACGCGUGGGGCCUAAACAGCUUCGGCGAAACAGGGAUUAGAACCGGUGCCGGCGACGAUGAAGCUGCUAUAGUGCACCCCACAGUUGUAGAUUCAUUGUCGGGGAAGAACAUCACACAACUCUGUGGCGGUGCCCAUCAUUCACUUGCUGUUACCAAUGGCGGCGACUGUUUUGUUUGGGGCCGGCUGGAUGGCUACCAGACAGGUCUAAAAAUUGACGCGAUGCCUGAAGAGGCGAUAAUAAAGGACGAACGUGGGCGCCCUCGCAUUUUAAUAGAACCGAGCCCUCUCCCAGGAAUCAAAGCCAAUGUUGUUGCGGCUGGCUCUGACCACUCUAUUGCCAUCGAUAAUUACGGUCGCCCUUGGUCAUGGGGUUUCUCUGCAACUUAUCAAACGGGCCAAGGCACCCAGGAAGACAUUGAGGUUGCCACUGUCAUCGAAAAUACUGCUGUUAGAGGGAAAAGAAUAAACUGGGCAGGCGCUGGUGGUCUAUUCUCUGUGUUCACCGAGGCUGCAGCACUAUGA